AUGUUAAUUACUGAAUCGUAUCAGGAUGUUGCCACAAAAGAUGGUACCACAUUACGUGUAUAUAUCUAUUCUCCUUCUAUCAAAGGUUACCCGGGAGCUAAAUUCCCAGGGGUGAUUGUCUAUAGUGAAAUUUAUCAAGUGACUGGUCCAGUUAAAAGAUUUGCUCAAAGAAUUGCGUCUGAUGGAUAUGUUGUAGUAGCACCUGCAAUUUAUCAUAAUUUUAUUGGGCCUGAACCUCUGCCAUAUGAUGUACCAGGUACUGAUAAAGGUAAUCAAUUUAAAAUUGAAAAGCCUUUAGAAUCUUAUGAUGAAGAUAAUAAAUUAUGUUGUGAUGUAUUAUAUGGUUUACCAAAUUUUGAUGGUAAAAAAAUUGGUGCUACAGGUAUGUGUCUUGGUGGUCAUUUAGCCUUUAGAGCUUUAUUAGAUAAGAGAGUUACAUGUGCAACUUGUUUCUUCCCAACUGAUAUCCAUUUAAAGAGUUUAGGUUUGGGUAAGAAUGAUGAUUCACUAGAACGUGUCUCUAAAGAAGCUACAAAAGAUCAAGAAAUGGUUUUAAUCUUUGGUACAUUAGAUACACAUGUAUCACCAGAUGGGAGAGAUCUGAUUAGAAAGACUUUAAGAGAUAAUGGUGUUCGUUUUACUUUCUUAGAAGUAUUGGACGCACAACAUGCAUUUAUUCGUGAUGAGUUUAGUAAAGGUAGAUUUGAUGCUGCUAUUACUCAAAGUUGUCUAGGUUUCUUAUUUGAACAAUUUAACAGAAAAUUGAAAAUAGAUCUAGGUGAAUUUGUAGAUGAUAAUAAACCUGUUGAACAUGUAUGUUAA